GUAUCUGGCCCAAGGUCACUUCGACAUGCAGACUGGAGGGGAUCGAACUGCUGAUCAUGUGAUUUCACACGCUGCCCCAUUAAAGGUUGAAAAGAGGUUUGUCCUUUCGGCGAACAAGCAGACUAUCUGUAAUAUGUAAAGAGCGGAGUCAUGUUUAGAGUUGGUUUUUACAUUAUUUGAUCGUUUGUGCUUGUUGCCUGUCCUACCAUGUAGUUUUGCAUUGAUGGUAGCGUCGUUUUAAAAUCCCUCAGUGUCUCUAAAAGUACAAUAAUUAUCUCUAUGACACCAGCAGGUAUACAACAACGACGACACCAACACAGAUCAGACAAUAAGAAGGAAUUUAUCUGACAACCAUUGUUCUGGACGAUGUACAAAAAAACAGUCGUGUUGGUGUGAGAGUCGGGUUUUGUCUGUAGGAGGAGCUAAAAGAACAGACUGUCUACUGUACACCGUCACAGUCAAAAGGCUCCUACCAUCCACCUGACAGAGAGAGACUGUGAGUUAGUGUGCAUGCAGCAGUCACAGGUAAGACGAAUCACAUUGUGUAUGAUUUUCAAAAAGUUAACAGACUUUAUUGUGCAUGUUUUAGUGUCUGCAUGCAUUUUAAUCUGCCUCAUGUUGCAAACUUCUUCAGAUAUUUGUGCAUCAUUUCCAGGAUCAGUGUCUCGUUGCUUGUUCUUGUGUCCUUGCACAUAUUAAUCUCUAUCCGUGCGACUAUUUUCUUCCUUGUAAACGUUUGUAGAUAAAAGUUUGUCGGUGUGUGUGUGUGUGUGUUAAGUUUGUUUGCAUGCUGAAGCUUGAAUGUGAUCCCUCUGUCUGUGCCGAUGGGUAGACAAAGUGUCAGGUUAGUUUGGCCUUCUCAGAUUUACUUUGUAAAUGCUUUUAGCUCGCACGCAAACAAGUUGCCGUGAAGGCGAAGCCACGGGGAUGAAGUGUGGUUUGUAAAUGUAGCUCCACAUCGCUGCCUUACACUGCAUUCGGAUUUAUGUCUCUGGAGAAGGUGGGUGGUUUCUACUUUCUACUGAAUAUGAGGACAAAUGAAAGUCAUCAGGCCCCAUAAAAGCUCAAAAUGUCUGUUGUAAUGGCAGCUACAGGUAGGUACUCGUAUUCUCUUUUGAACCCUGAUUUUGACUCACAGUGUCUUUGCCUCACCUCUCUCCCUCACCGCCUCCCGUUUAACUCUCACACCUCCACCUGAGGAGGCUUUUGGCUUCUCCACCUGCCCCCUAUAAUGUUUCCUAAUCAUCCACCUUUUUAUUUCCUACACAGUUUCUGUAUCUUCAGUUUACGAUGCUGCAUGGCUGCAUCGCUGGUGUUCAGACUACAUGACAGAGGUCCGGAGGUGGUGAGGGAGGUGCUCCUGGAGCGAGGAUGGAAGGAAUACAACGAAAGAAAAUGUGAGAAGGAGGACUGGAACCUCUACUGGAGGGGCUCUGCUUUUCGCAACUCGGAGUAUUACGACCUGUUGCCAUGGCAGCGCCUCAACCACCACCCCAAGACGGUUGGCAUCACACGCAAGGACUGCUUGGCACGCAACCUGAGGAGAAUGAGAGCCACCUUCGGUUCAUCGCUCUAUGACUUCAGUCCCACCGCCUUCAUCCUCCCCAACGACUACACCCGCUUCCUGGCUGAAUACAACAAACUACGUCAGGCCAGAGGACCGUCCGUUUACUGGAUAUGUAAGCCGGUGGAUCUCUCCAGAGGCAGAGGAAUCUUCAUCUUUGAGGAUAUUAAGGAUUUGGUCUAUGACUGCUCCGUGAUCGUACAGAGGUACAUCAGUAACCCUUUGCUGAUCUCCGGCUACAAGUUUGACCUGAGGAUCUACGUAUGCGUGAAGAGCUUUCAUCCGCUGACCGUUUACGUCCAUCAGGAAGGCCUGGUGCGUUUCGCCACCGAGAAGUACAACCUGUCAUCUCUGCACAACACGUACGCCCAUCUCACCAACACCAGCAUCAACAAAUUUGGGCCCUUCUACAAAACGGAAAAAGGGAGAGUCGGCCAAGGAUGCAAGUGGACGAUGAGCAAGUUCAGACAUUAUCUCCACAGCCAAGACAUCAACCAGCUUCUUAUGUGGCAGAGGAUCAGCAACAUUGUCACUCUGACCCUCCUCACCAUCGCUCCAUCGGUCCCCUCCUGUCCCAACUGUGUGGAGCUGUUCGGCUUUGACAUCCUUCUCGACGUCAAGUUUAAACCUUGGCUGCUGGAGGUUAACUACAGCCCUGCGUUGACUCUGGACUGCCAAGCGGAUAUCACAGUGAAGAAAGGUCUGAUCAGCGAUCUGAUUGAUCUGAUGAACUAUACGCUGACGGACAGCUUGAGAGAGAGAGCUUUUUACAGACAAGGGUCAAGACAACCUUGUUUCCAUGCUAGCCACAUGUCACAUGUUACACCUGUGCUCUCAAAGGUCAAAGAAACCAAGUUUCAUAGCGGUGACCAGUCCUCACAAACUCAGACCCUCCCUCAGCUAAAAACUGUUUGCCAGGCUGAAAGGAUUAACCGAAGACGACGUCCUUUUAUAGACGACUACCAAAGACACCUUCCCCCUGUUGACUUAAACCAGCUGACUGCAGCCAGGGGCAAAAUAAUUAACACCACAGCCACAGAAACCCACACAGACAAGACCCUAAACCUGAUACUCGGCCCACAUUCUAGGACAAACAUGUCGGUGGUAGACAGGCAGACAUGUCCGGCUCUCCCAACGAAGCUAAUGGACAACGCGAGUCUUCGUGUGUCUGAGGUUACAAACCAUGACGACACUGAAACAGAAGCUGGCACGGAGCUCUCGAGACAGACAAACGUUUCCUCUUCGAUACAUGAGAUCCCGCAGAGGCGGGUGGGAUUCAGACGUUCUUCUGGAUCCUGGAAGCUCCCAAACAUUUACAGUGGGAAUCACAGGCCGGUGAGGAUUCCUUUGGAGGGAACCACGGCAGUGAACGGACACAACAUCCCUCCACUCAGAGUUGGUGGCUUCAUUCGGACCUUCCCAUUCAACACGGCCACUCUGAAAGCCUCGCAGCAGAAACUGGACGUCAAGUUAAUCAUACAGGAGCUCCACAAGCUCACGGGUCAGUUGGCCACAUCGGACCAGAAGUUGAGGAGAGAAGAAGAGGAGGAGGAGGUGAAGAGAAACAAAGACGGUGAAGAAGACUUUGAUUCACUGUUGUGGGGGCCAAAGGAUCCUCCGUUGCUCAGUCAAUGCUCCAAACACACUUAGUGAUGUUCUCUAUAUGGAUUUGUUGCAACUC